GUUCGCUAUAGUGGUAAUGAAUACCCGAAAAUUCCGAUAAUGUUCCUGUGUACGCGACCGUUCGCAUUUAUUACGUGUUCGUAAUAUUACUUAAGCCAUGAGGCAAAGGCACUUAAGCCAUCGCGGCUUACAAAUCUGCAAAGGGCAAAAUCUAGGAUACAUAAGGUGUCGGGAUAUUAUCUGGACUUGAUAUAUAAUUUCUAGAGACGUAAUCACAGUCACGUGGCAUCACAAAACAGGAGAAGGGGUUGGAGUAUGAAUUUUCUGGUUUUGAUUCAGUACAUUUAUUUUUGGUGAAAAAUCACAAGUUACGAUUUACUUCAAUAUUCAUAGCGGGAGUUGAACAUGAUCAUGAACUUUAUGUUAAAUGCGACUUUUAAUGGGCCUUUUUAUUAGAAACAUUACUUUAUCCAUGAUAUUUUUAGCAGGAGUCGUAGUAGGGAUUCUGAUGUCCGAGGAUUAUAAAUCCAGAGCAAUGCGAAUUGACAUUUGCUGGUUAUUUACUAUAUAUAAAUCUAUGAUAAUUUAGAGUUCAGAAGUGAAGAACACGAAGAUGAAGGACGCUUUCUUGGUGAACGGAAGGAACUGCUGGGUCAGCUUAGAAAAAACUGGUUUGGCUUGGUAUCUGAACGACUCCGAGAAAGUCGUGUAUCGAGUGCCUGCCUGUGAGAUCGUGAGCUGCUGGAGCUGUCCGAGAGGGUUGAUGCGAUGUUGCCCCACUAGAGGUGCCAAGAACGACCUCAUUUCUACUCCACAGAAACAAUCUACUUCAUCUAACACAGAAUCUACUGGCCUAACACAUGCUGCUUCUGAUCAAACUCUGCAAACCGUAGUUCUUGAAGAAGAAAACCCUGGCGCAAGCGGGAACCUUGACCUCCCGCAGCAUUCUAACGCACCUCAAAUGUCUCAGCUAAAUAAUACAUCUAACCACUCUCCUUGCAAUGCCGUGGAAGAAAGAAAUAAUGUGGAGUUUUGGCCGCAGCCUAAGCAAUGUCGGCAUUCCAAUAGACCGGGAUUAUCUCUGGAGAUUUGCGAGCGCGUUUUGCCUUCGUCAUGUUCGUCGUGUGUCGUCGGGGAGACGAACGAGACGAUGGUGACCAAGUGGCGGCCACGAGUCCUCGUUCUUCAUCAUGACUCGCACGACACCGUCUGCUCGUGGCACGAGGCCAUCUGGAAACUCGUGGCAAGUGAGUCAGAUCGCGUGACUUGA